AUGGUUGCCCAAGAAACCCACCAGAACCCAACUGUUCUUGAAGAAAAAACCGAGCAGUUUCAAGAUCAAGAUCCAUAUGAAGCGGAGGAAACACUCUCACUUUGUGAUCUUCCCACACACAGUGACUCGGCUCAUUGGGAUGACUGCUCCAAGGAGUAUCAGAGCUCAUCGUUUGACAAUGAUGAAGACAACUUCUUUGAGUUUUUCAGUGAAGAGUUCACAGCCUCAACGUACCCAUCAUCAGGGAAGGACAUCAUCUUCUGUGGAAAACUCAUCCCCUACAAGGAAGCACCAAAAAGCUUUGAAGCAGAGAAAACCCACCACCAGGACAAGGAAAUUGGCAGCACAAAACGCAUCAGAAAAGGGUUUUUCAGGUCAUGGAGGUCCUGCUCUUUCCACAAGACAAUCAAGUCCUCCAACUCCAAAAUCUCAAAGCCUGCGCUGCAAGGCAAAGACCCUAGGAGCAUGAAUACCUGUUUGUCAUUUCCCACAUCGAAAAGUUACAGAAAGUGUGAGCUUUCUAAAGUGUCCAUACUUUCAAGCACCCCAUCGAAGUCAAAGUGGUAUCUCUUUAUGUUUGGCAUGGCGAGGUUUCCAACGGAGAUGGAGCUCAGGGACAUUAGAACAAGGCAGAGCAGGAGGAGCCCAUCAACCAUGUUUAGGUCUUGUGAUGAAGGCAGUGAUCAAAUGGAGGGGCAGAAGGGUAAUAUGGGAAGGAAAAGUAGUAACAAGGCCAAUGGAUUGUGGGGGCUGCUGAGAGCUGUGGGGUGUAGGAUUAGCCAGCCAAACACUGUAGUAAAGGCAGGCUUCCUUUAG